GUAUUGUAAUAUUUUCAUCCAAGUUUAUUUAUUUGGUAUUUCAGGCUCACAUUGAAGACCAAUUGUGAGGAAUGAACAGCCAAGCAGACUCUUCAGACCUGUUAUUCAACAUUUCCCUAUCAAAUUCAGAGCAAUGUGGCAAAGAGAGUCCCAUGGAAAACAUCCUUUUUGCUAUUUUCUAUCUCCUCGAUUUCAUCCUAGCCUUUUUGGGCAAUGUUUUGGCACUCUGGCUCUUCGUUCGGGACCAAAAAUCAGAUACCCCUGCCAAUGUUUUCCUGAUGCAUCUUGCUGUAGCCGAUCUGUCUUUUGUGCUCAUUUUACCAACUCGGUUGGUCUACCACUUUUCAGGCAAUCACUGGCCAUUUGGAGAGCUCCCUUGCCGACUCACAGGAUUUCUUUUCUACCUCAACAUGUAUGCGAGCAUCUACUUCCUCAUGUGCAUCAGCAUAGAUCGCUUCUUAGCUAUCGUGCAUCCUGUGAAGUCCCUCAAACUCCGCAGGUCACUCUAUGCUCAUUUGACCUGUGCCUUCCUGUGGGUUAUCGUUGCCGUGGCCAUGGCACCUCUUUUGAUCAGUGUGCAGACAGUUGAGAUGAAUAAUACCACCGUCUGCCUCCAACUCUACAGAGAGAAAGCAUCACGCCAUGCUCUUGUAUCCCUGGCUGUCGCAUUCACUUUUCCAUUUUUUACCACAGUAACCUGCUAUUUACUGAUCAUACGAAGCCUGAAGAAGGGGCACCGCAUUGAAAAUCAUUUAAAGGAAAAAGCCAUCAAAAUGAUCAUCAUGGUCCUAACGAUCUUCUUGGUCUGCUUUGUGCCUUAUCAUGUCAACCGUUACAUUUAUAUCCUCAAUUAUGACGGUGUGAAGACUUCUUGUGCAAUGCAGAGGAUUCUGGCACUUGGCAAUCGCAUCACUUCAUGCCUCACCAGCUUAAAUGGUGCCCUAGAUCCUGUCAUGUAUUUUUUUGUUGCUGAAAAGUUUCAAGAGGCCUUGUGUGGUUUGUUUUGCCCCAAAAGAGUUGCAAGAGUACCUUCAAGUUAUGAUGGGAAAACUAACGACAGCUCUUUAAGUGCUAAAUCUGAACUGUAA